GCUCUUACAUGGUGUAAAUGGAAUUCUGAAUAUCAAUUGUUAGUGCUCAUGACAUAAAUCCAAUGUGGAAUAAAGUAUUGAAUAUAGAUAUUUAAAAUACAUUUUUUAUAUAUCAACUAUAUAAUUAACAGUAUUAAGAAUUUAUGCAAAAUCUCUUUGCUCACACUCAAUCCACCUUUCUCCAUCCCCUCAUCAGGUCUUAAGGCCUUCAUCGGAACUGAAUAAAAAGGCUUUUUUGCUGCCUUUCAGGACCAUUUUUCAGGUGCUGGGAUGAUUUAGAGAAUUUGUCUUUUGUUAUGUUUAUGUGUGUUGCAAGUUCUGACACGGUUUGAAUUUAAGUUCAUCGAAUUCUGAUUGCUUUCCAAUGUUUAUUUUCACGUAAAAUUUCAUGGUUGCAGUGAGUUUUACUGUGGUUUCAGAGUCUUUUAGGAGUCAGGGCAUUGUUUAUUUGACUUCUUUUUCUCUUGGCAGGUUUGGUUUAUAGCCGAAUUUUCACAUAUUUUUGUAGAUUUUGAUGAGAUUGUUCGUGCCACUUUAGAUAACUAUGAGUGGAGUAGACAAAAUGAAGAAGCUGAUGUCAGGGCAGAGGCACAUCAUAAUUGGGUGGAUGAGGUUAUCCGGUGUGAAGGUCGGGGUGGUUCAGUUAUUGGUAAUGACAAUCGCUCUAGUUGCUUGAUCAUCCAGCCACGACCAGAAAUAAAGGGUCCUUCCCUUUUAACUGGAGAAGAAAUUGAAAAACCAGAAAUAUGGGCUCAGAUAUGUAUUCAAAGAAUGGUUGAAUUAGCCAAGGAAAGCACAACUAUGCGUCGUGUGCUGGAUCCAAUGUUUGUCUACUUUGAUUCUAGACAACAUUGGGCUCCUCAGAAAGGGUUAGCAAUGAUAAUUUUAUCAAGGAUGGCCUACUUCAUGGAGAACUCAGGGAAUCAGCGCUUAAUUCUAGCUUCUGUGAUACAUCAUCUGGACCACAAAAAUGUCAUGAAUGAUCCUCAACUUAAGACCUGUGUUAUUCAGGUUGCCACAUCUUUGGCUAUGCAAAUUAGAUCUGAGAGUGGCUUGGCAGAGAUUGGUUUUGUUGGUGUCCUUUGCAGACAUCUUAGGAAAAGCCUUCAAGCCUCUAGUGAAUUUGUUGGAGAGCAAGAAUUGAACUUAAAUAUCUCACUUCAAAAUUCCAUUGACGAUUGCUUACUAGAAAUUGCCAAUGGGGUAAUUGAUGCCCAGCCACUUUUUGACUUGAUGGCGAUAAACCUAGAAAAUAUUCCAUCCGGUGUUGUUGGUAGAGCAACCAUUGGAUCUCUGAUCAUCCUUGCUCGUGCAGUCACUUUAGCAUUAAGUCACUUACAUUCACAGCAGGGAUUUCCUGAAGCUCUUCUUGUGCAACUCCUAAAAGUAAUGUUGCAUUCAGAUGAGGAGGCUCGUGUCGGAGCACACCUUAUAUUUUCCAUUCUUCUUUUUCCAAGUUCCUUCCAUACGAAUGAGAUUUCCUCUCUGCGGUCCAGGUAUCUAGGUCAACACAACAAAAGGCAUUCUCAUGCUCCAUCUGUGUCUGCAUCUGCUUCAAUUACAGCUUUACUUGAAAAGCUCCGCAGAAACAGAAACACCAAGGCAGAAAAUCAUGUGAAUAUUGUUCAUGAUCAAGAAAGGGAUAUUGUGGCAGAAGACUGGAAGCAGGGCUGUGGCUUAAAGAAUUCUCCUAACUUUUACAAACUCACUUCUAUCAUUGAUAAGGCUACAGGAUCACCAAGUUUGACUGACACAGAGCCAUAUGUUAUGAAACUAACUGAAGAUCAAAUGGCCCAGCUUCUUUCUGCCUUUUGGAUUCAAGCCAAUCUUCCUGAUAAUUUACCUUCAAAUAUUGAAGCUGUAGCUCAUUCAUUCAUAUUGACACUAAUUGUCUUACGCAUAAAGGUUUCAUCUUCUCGAAUUACGGGAUCUGUGGGUGUGAAGAAGGCAUCAAAAGGAGAUACCAUUUUUUUUUAUAAUGCAAGAAAUUCUCCAGGGCAGUAUGAUUUAUCAAGAAUUAAUCAUUUGCAUAGUAGUUUUGUUCCUGAAGAUGUUCCUGAUGCUGCUUCCGAGAAAGAUCUGGGUAACGAGUUUUUCAAGCAGAAAAAGUUUAAGGAAGCUAGAGACUGCUAUUCAAGGAGCAUUGCCUUAUCACCAACAGCUGUAGCAUAUGCAAAUAGGGCAAUGGCCAAUAUCAAGCUCAGAAGAUUCCAAGAGGCUGAGGAUGACUGCACAGAGGCCUUAAAUCUUGAUGAUCGUUACAUAAAAGCAUACUCACGAAGAGCAACAGCUAGAAAAGAACUUGGAAAAAUUAAAGAAUCAAUGGACGAUGCUGAAUUUGCCUUGAGGUUGGAACCAAACAAUCAAGAAAUCAAGAAACAGUAUGCUGAUGCUAAGUCUUUCUAUGAGAAAGAUAUUCUUCAGAAAGCAUCAGGGGUUCUGAGAAGCACUGUACAGGGAACUCAAAAAGUGGGGAAGUCAGAGGAAAAAGUUAAUGGAGACAGCAUCCACCCCAUUUCACGUAGUACUCAAAAGUCUGGACUAGCUGAAGUUCAUCAUCAUAAAAAGGAUAAUGAACGGAAAAUACUUGUUAAAGAAUCACUCUUAACAGAGGAUGUUGAUAGCAGAGAAAUAAAAGCCAGAAGCAGGCCUCAAUCACAAGGAGAUGAUGGCUCUAAGGGAGGUUUGAGUGCAAGCAACAGUUUGGAGCAGAGAAAUCACAGAAUUACCAAGCCAGAAAUGAAAGCUUCUGUUGAACAGCUUGCUUCUCGCGCUGCUUCUAGAGCCAUGUCUGAAGCUGCCAAAAACGUAACACCUCCAACUACAGCUUAUCAGUUUGAGGUCUCCUGGAGAGCAUUUUCAGGUGAUCUUGCUCUGCAGGCUCGUCUAUUAAAGGCUAUAUCUCCCCAUUAAUUGCCGAAAAUAUUCAAAAAUGCCUUGUCUUCUACCAUACUAAUUGAGAUCAUCAAGUGUCUUGCAUCUCUUUUCACUGAAGACAUGGAUCUGGUUGUCAGUUAUUUGGAGCAUUUGACCAAGGUACCAAGAUUUGAUGUGAUUGUAAUGUGCCUUUCAUCAACAAAUAAGGAUGGUUUGUCAAUCUGAUUGAUAAGUUGGUUACAUUUUGUGCGGACAUACGCAAGAUCUGGGAUGAAGUGUUCAGCGGAGAGGCAACACCAAUUGAGUAUGCAGAGAUUCUGGACAACCUUCAAUCAAAGUUCGGCCUUGGACAGUGACAUCUUCCCCUGUGUGUUUUAAUGUUUUUUUUUCCUCGGUGGAUCCUCUCCCUUCCGCAACUAUCUUCACUUGUAAAUUAUUAUUCUAUUGAAAUGUUUGAGCAUUAUUGACGGUCAACUUGAUCCAUCUUUAAGCGUUAGUUGAUAAUGAGGAAAUGGGAGGAAAAAGAAAAACAAAAGGCUCAUGUGUAGUGCUUGAGGCUGAGGGUCCAGUACGUUUUAAUGGUUUUUUCCUUCAGAAUUUGGGUCUUCUAAAAUGAGGAAAAGUAAAGGAAGUAAUUUUAGUUGAUAAUGAGAAAAUCAACAUUUUAAUACAUCUAUAAUGUAUUUGCACAUAAUAUCAACCUUUGAUUUUGUUA